AGAUCACAUUCAUGCUGCCGCUGGAAGUCGUGCGUGAGCUUGUGGACUACAGCGUGUUGAGAUUCGACUGUAAUGGCAUCAAUUCGUACGUGCUGAUGAUGCUGAAGUGGUUCCUGGGCAGUGGAAUGAUGCUCCAAGUGGCGGACAUUCUGCUGCUGUCGGCCAAGAUUGAUCUGGCGGAGGAAAAAGUGCAGCAAUGCAAAUCAAAGUUGUUCUAUUACAUGGCAAUCCUUCAACUAGACAAACUUGGCAAUUGUGAAUGGUUGGAAUCGUGGCAAAAACAGGAAAAUGCAACGUUAAAUAGUGUGAUGGAAACUCCGUGGCAUGAUAUUCAAUCCGCCUGUGCGUUUUUCUCCCAUCACAAGAAGGAUUGUGAGUGUCUUCUGUGCUUGCAGUACAAGACAGAGGAUGUUUCGUGUCAGAUGAAUCUCUUCUUCAUGUGGAUGCUCUUCAUUGAGCGGCAAUACGACAGAGUGCGAGACAUUCAUCAAAGCGUCGCGAAGGCGAAUGGAACACUUCAGCCCGUUCAGCCAUAUGAACUGAAGACAAGAGCCUUCUUUGCCAGCGCCUUGGCGCAACUGAAGACGCCUCAGAGUGCACUGAAAGAGUUCCUGAAGCUCCAGCAAAUCAGUGAAUCCAUGAGGAGUCAUCGAACAGCCCUUUAUCAAGGUUUUGAGCUGCAAAUUCUCUCGGUGAAGCACUUAAUGAACAGCAAUCAGGCAACGACGAAGGGGAAGACGAUGUUUGAGGAGCGUCUCGAGAUGUGUUCGCCAAAUGAUAGCGGCAAGAAAGUGGUGAAGGGGAAGGAGAGAAAGUCCAAAUUGCCAGUGAAGAAAGAACGACAGCCGAAGGUGGAGAAGAAGGAAGAGAUCAGCAGUGGACAGGUGAAGAGAACAACGCGAAGUUCAAACAGGAAUUAAUAAAUUAAAUCGCU